GCGAGCUUUCACUGACCUGACAGGGAGGAGGGUUCAAGCCGGUAAACAGUGACGGGAGGAACCGCGGAGUUGAGAGGGAGAGCGAGAGAGGGAAAAAAGCAGCCAGGCUGCUGAAAAUGGAGAGUACACAUAGAAGGGUGAUCGAAAAUAAUGAAAGAACCACGAGAGGAUGUCAAACUUGGAAGACCACGACAGUUACACCAAACUCCAAAUAAGGAAUAACUCCACUGCCUCCUAGACGGGUUAGAAGCCUGCGAGAGCGACAUUUAGCUGCUUGGUAUCAGGACAAGUCAGUCAGAGAGGAAAGGGUGGAUACAUGGCUUCCAAGGUGUCCAAGCUGGAUGAGCAGUUUAAGCUGGACGCCCCGAGAGAGAAGCCGAAAGAUGGAGCCUGCUCCAGCAUCUUCACUGGGGUGGCCAUCUAUGUCAAAGGGUACACAGAGCCCAGUGUGGACGAGCUGCGCAGGCUGAUGAUGCUGCAUGGGGGUCAGUUCCACGUGUACUACUCCCACUCUCACACCACCCACAUCAUCGCUAACAACCUGCCCAACAGUAAGAUACAGGAGCUGAGGGACCAGAAGUUGGUCCGGCCAGAGUGGAUCACUGACAGUAUCAAGGCUGGCCAUCUCCUGUCCUACCUGCAGUACCAGCUCUAUGCCAAGCAGAAAGGACUGAGCUUCCCCAGUGUGUCUGUUCACCAGGGCCAAGAGCCUGCAGGACCCCUCCAUGGGCGGCACCUACCCAGCCACAGCCUCAAUAACCACAACCCAGCCCCUAGCCUUGGGCAGCCCCUACCCAGGCACCACACUCCUACAUCCAGCCACAGUCAUCUACACACAGACAAUCUACACCCCCAACCCAAACACUAUAACCCCCUAGCUAGCCACCGCAGUCCCCAGCCCAGUCACUCUCUCCCCAGCCACCUCAACCCACAGCCCAGCCACUCUCUCCCCAGCCACCUCAGCCCCCAGCCCAGCCACCUCAGCCCCCAGCCCAGGCACCUCACUCUACGACCCAGCCUCCUCAGCCCCUUUUCCUCAAACCACCUUUACUCUGACCCAGGGCACAUCACCCACCACCCACCCAGCCACGGGCAACCCAAGUUAGGCUGCAUCCAGCCUCCUUCAGCCUACACCCACCCACAGACCCCUGGUCCCGUCCCUGCAAACCCCAGCCACGAACACUCUAAACCUGGACAGGCACAACCUCCUUCCAUCCUCUGUAUCUCCAGUCACCUCCAGCACAGCUACCGGGAGCUGGACUUCAGACUGAAUGGAUCAUUACUGACCUCUUAUGAAAAGACUCGGAGCGUCAAAAUGAACUGGGUCCAAGAGUUGGGUGGUGAGGACCCCUGUCCUGUCAAAACUCCCAGAGGGGUGAAGGACCCCACUCUGACCAACGGUCACACCCAUCCUGUGAAUGGUGCCAUAAAUCCUCUGGACCUCUCCCCAAACCCCACACGACACACACCCACUCCAGACAGGGGGUUACUCCAUACUCUCCAAUCCAUACCCUCACAGCCUGACAGCCCCUUAUCCAAACCCCCUAUCCAACAUGACACCCCCAGACCUCCCCCUGUCUCUCACCACAGACACCACGCACAACUGGCCAAUGAACAGAGACCCAAGCCCCCUCCGCCCACCUAUCAGGAGGCGAUGGCUGCCUCGGCAUCCCGCCCCCUGGAUCUCCCGUCUCAAUCAGAUUUCCCUCCUGAGAAACCACUCCCCCUUGCUAACCCAAACCCCUCCCCUUCCCCUGUCUGUCUGAAUGGCAGCCACCACAAUGUUUUUCCUUCUAACCCCACCCCCUGGAAACCAACAGCCUAUCAGCCAACACUUUUCCUUCUAACCCCACCCCCAUAGAAACCAACAGCCUAUCAGCCAACACCUUUCCUUCUAACCCCACCCCCUGAAACCAACAGCCUAUCAGCUGAAACCUUUCCUUCUAACCCCACCCCCCUGGAAACCAACAGCCUAUCAGCCAACCCCAUUCCCUCAAACUACGCUCCUCCGAACCACGACCAACAAUCAGCAAAGGUGAAGACCGGGGGGAUCAUCUCAGAGUUUUACUCCCACUCUCGUCUACACCACAUCUCCACGUGGAGAAGUGAGUUCUCUGAGUAUGUCAACA